GAGGAAAAGCCCACUGAUUUCUUGAGGAAAGGGAAAACUUAGUUCUGACUAAUAAACACAGUUCAUCUGAUUUACAGAAAGAAAUUGUUUUUCGUUUCUCAUCAACGUUUCAGAAACUGCUACAUAAAUUACAAUGAUGAAUUUGGCCGAUUCAGCUCCAGCUAAGAACAAUUUGCUCGGUUCGGAAGCCGAUUCUCAAAGAACUCUGUAUCCAUAUGUUACAGGGACCUCUGUGAUUGGGAUUAAGUACAAGGAUGGCCUUCUCUUUGCUGCUGAUAUGGGAGGUUCAUAUGGGUCUACCCUUCGUUACAAGUCUGUGGAGAGACUAAAGGCAGUGGGGAAACAUUCUGUCAUUGGUGCUAGUGGCGAAAUCAGUGAUUUUCAGGAGAUCAUGCGCUACCUUGAUGAGCUGAUCUUGUUUGACAACAUGUGGGAUGAUGGAAACUCCCUUGGUCCUAAAGAGGUGCACAACUAUCUCACAAGGGUGAUGUAUAAUCGCCGUAAUAAGUUCAAUCCGCUAUGGAAUUCACUUGUACUUGGUGGUAUAAAAAAUGGAAAGAAGUAUCUUGGAACAGUAAGCAUGAUUGGCGUACAUUAUGAGGACGACCAUGUUGCAACUGGAUUUGGGAACCACUUGGCCAGGCCAAUUCUCCGUGAUGAGUGGCAUGAGAACCUGACGUAUGAAGAAGGUGUGAAAUUACUAGAGAAAUGCAUGCGCGUGCUUCUUUACCGUGAUAGGUCAGCUGUCAACAAACUUCAGAUUGCGAAGAUCACAGAGGAGGGCUUCACAGUUUCGGAGCCAUACUCAUUGAAGACCUUCUGGGAUUUCAAUGCUUUCAAAAAUCCCACCCUGGGCGCUGAGGGUUCUUGGUAGUUCUAUCCCUUCUCAUAUACAUUAUGUGGAAGACUUGCUGCAGGUUUCGCUUGUAUUUGUCGGUAUCUUUACAUAUAACCUGUGUUGAACCUUUUCUGUUAUGUUGACGUACAUUUCAUUAGAAUCGAAUUUGGUAUAUUUGUUAAA